AUGAACGGAAGCAUCACGUGCGUCAUUUGCACCGGCGACAAUACCACCACCGGAGUCAGCAUUGGUCGCCAGUGUGGCGUGAUCUCCGACUCCACCCGGGUCUUCAUUGGAGAGUUGGACAGCGCGCAUGCGUCUCACGUGCGCUGGCGCGAUGCGGAGGAUCAGGAGGCCGCCGUUCCUGCUUGGCAGUCCGACCCGCGUGCGGAGCUUGCGCUGAGCCAGCCUGCCUUUCGAUGGUUGGUUCGUGAGGAUCCUGAGGAGCUGAAGAAGAUGUUGCCAUCAGUGAAGGUGUUUGGAAGAAUGAAGCCAGAUGACAAGAUCAAAGUCAUCAAUUUGUGGCAAGAUUAUGGCGAGGAUGGAACCGUGACGGGCAUGACGGGCGACGGCGGCAACGAUUGCGGCGCGCUCCGCACGGCACACGCGGGGUUGGCGCUCAGUGAGGCGGAGGCCUCGAUGGUCUCCCCCUUCAGCAGCAGCAAGGGCCUGGCCGAAGAAGGCCACGUGGCGCAGAGCGCGCGGAGCUGUGAAGAGCGUGGAAGGCGGGCAAACCUGCCAGAGGAGGACUUCUGCAGUUCCUCAAUGGUCAAGCAGAACAUUCGGUGCUUGAAGUUCGACCCCGGCUUCAUCCAAAGCGAGAAGAAAGCUCACAAGGAGGGAAGCACUGCUGUACGGCAGAUGCAGGAAGCACUUUGCCCAUACUCCAGCACCUGUCAUACUCAGCCACCUGUGGGAUACUACCCUGCUCAGAAGGAACUAGUGGAAGCCCUGAAGAUGAAGGAGCAGGCAACGAAGGCAUUUGGGUCUGCAGCUGACGACUUGGAACGGAUUGACAGCAUUGAUGACUUGAGCAAGGAGCUCAGGGAUGCGUUGCUGAUGCUGACGGAACGGGAGCCGUUCGUCCUGAGUGCCACCAACAUGGCCACCUUCAUGUACUUCAUGAUCUACAACUUGACCCUGACGACCUCCAAAAUGGCCGCCGUCGCAUGGCUGGACUCCACCUAUGCCGAGUGGCAGUUCAUGCUCACCGAUGUGGCCUUGGCCAUGGUCAUGGUCUCGUUCAUGAUCCGCUGCCGCCCCGAGAAGACCCUGGCGCCGCGCUCGCCCAGCGCCUCCCUCUUCGGCACGGGGACCACCGUGACGAUCCUGAGCGCUUUGCUGAUCUUCUGGUUGACGGCCGGCGUCGCAGUGUUGCUCUUGCAGUAUGGCCCAGGCAGAUCGUUCUAUGAGUUUAGCACCUCCAUCUUGCUGGACUUGCCACCAGAGCAGUGGACCAAAAAGGGCGACAACUUCAUCAUGGCGACGCUCUUCUUGGUGAAUCUCACCGUGCUGUUGAAUGCAGGCUUCGUGCUCUGCUAUGGCCAUGUCCAUCGGCAAGUGGUGGGCAAGAACUGGCGCAUUUGCAGCUUCUACUUGUGCGGCCUCUUCUUCACUUUGGCACUUCUUUGGGCUCACCCGGGGAACUUCAGCUGCACCUUCCGAGUCAACUGCGAUUCAGUGGCCUCCCAGAACAUGAACAUACCGUUGCUGAGCAAGCCCGUGGGCGGUAUCAUCUUCUCCACGGGCAAUUUGGGCGGAUGCUUUUGGGGCCCGCAGAUGGUCAGCUGCAAGAGCAAGGAUGGCCACUGUUGGGUGACACCGCCUGAGGAUGCUCAGCUGCCACCCAGCUGGAACUCCAAUGCCACACGACCCCAGGCUCCCUUCAAGACGCGGGAAGAGAAGGAGGAAUACUGCCGAAAGCAUCCGUACACGCCUGGCGACGCUGAGAACUUGGGGAACAAGUGGUGCUGGAAGCCUGCGGAUUCUGGCGCAAGGAAGAGCUGCGGCCCCGAACCGGAACGAGACCUGGGGCGGAUGGUGAAAGGUUGCCAUGGCCCCAACAACUGCUUUGACCAGAAGUACAAGGUGGCUUUGACUGGAGUCUUGAUCGCGUCCAGUGUGGCAUUGCAUGUGAUGUACAAGCUGGGAGUGCUGGGCUUGAAGUGA